CGUGUGCGUGUUGUGUUGGUUUUGUGUUGUAAUUGAGUGCAUGCGCCACUGGGCGAGUCUGAUUCAGUGUCUCCCUUUUCUUUUACAGUCGAAGGAGAAAGAGACGGGAGAAGGUUCCGCCAUUAUUGGAAGCAGAGUAAUCCCUAAACCAAAGCGCAGCGAUACGCGUACCGAAAGGGAGGGCAAGACAACCACAGUAGCCUGAACAUUUUAAAAUACACUGCGUCUUUAUGAACAACAACAAUAUAAGUAAUCGCUAGUAUACAACGUGGUGUGCCCGCUGACGAGACAUUAAAACAAGUAUCUGUACGCCCCCCCCCCCCCCCCCCUCUUUUCCAUUAUUUAUCCCGUGGAUGAGGUCUCAAAGGUGCAUAAGGAUUUCUAACACCAAGAAAGAAGACAAAAAAAGGAAAUUUUAAAAAUGUUACAAACGUACCAAAAUUGACAAAGAAAUUGAGAUCUUGUGAAGUGUGGGACGAAGCAAAACAGGAAAUAAGGAUAUUUUGUGUUUGGAGGUGUUUUUUUUUUUUUGUUUUGUUUUAAUUAAUUUAUUUAUCGAACCGGUUGGGGUUUGGUGCGCGGAGCGGACACAACACAAGCGAAAAAAAAAGGAGAGGCAUGCUAUGGGACAUAUUCAGUCUGGUCAGUACUGAAGCCGUUUGCUGUUGCUCUUAAUCAGCACUACCUUGAAGAAGAAGAGAUGGGCCACACUACAGCGUUUGCCUGCCUGUGUCCGUAAUCCCAACAGCCUCCCCCUCUCCCUCCUCUUACUCCCCCCACUCCUACCUACCCUCCCUCCCUUCUAUUCCCAAUACCCACCCAACAUCCCUAGAUCCUAGACACUACGGCUCCCCCCUUCAUUUGCAAAAACUGCAACACUAACGGAACACCAAAAGGAACACACUUCAAACCAAAACCACACUGCGCCUUGAAAUUUAAAAGAAAAGUUGCAUGGAAACGGGACACAUCAUUCUUCUCGUAUUCUCAAGCGCUUCAAAGCCAGUCAGGAUGAGUGACAGUGCACGGUGAUGAUGGCGAAAAAGCAAGACGCCCGGACACCCACCCACAACCUGAUCGUGGUGGGUCUGUCUGGGACGGAGAAGGAGAAGGGCCAGUGCGGGGUUGGCAAGUCCUGCCUCUGCAACCGCUUUGUGCGCCCCAGUGCCGAUGACUUCUACCUAGACCACACUUCGGUGCUGAGCACCAGUGACUUUGGGGGCCGAGUGGUCAACAACGACCACUUCCUCUUUUGGGGGGAAGUGAUGAGGCCGGUAGAGGAGGGAUGGGAGUGCCGGAUGCACGUGGUGGAGCAAACAGAAUUUAUCGAUGACCAGACUUUCCAGCCCCACCGCAGCACAGCCUUACAACCCUACAUCAAGCGGGCCGCCUCCACCAAACUGGCUUCGGCAGAAAAGCUGAUGUACUUUUGCACAGACCAGCUGGGGCUGGAGCAGGACUUUGAGCAGAAGCAGAUGCCCGAGGGCAAGCUUCUGGUGGAUGGCUUCCUCUUGUGUGUGGACGUAAGUCGUGGAAUGAACCGCAACUUCGACGACCAGCUGAAGUUCAUCAACAACCUCCACAACCAGCUGGCCAAGACCAAGAAGCCCGUAGUCCUGGUGCUGACUAAAUGUGAUGAAGGCGUGGAACGGUACAUCAAGGACUCUCACACCUUCGCCCUCACGAAAAAGAAUCUGCAGGUGGUGGAGACGUCUGCGCGCUCAAACGUGAAUGUGGACUUGGCCUUCCUCACGUUGGUGCAGCUGAUAGACAAGAGCAGGGGCAAACCCAAGAUCAUCCCCUACUAUGAGGCACUCAAGCAGCAGAGCCAGCAGAUCGCCACCUCAAAGGACCGCUACGAGUGGCUCGUGAACCGCAUCGUCAAGAACCACAAUGAAAACUGGCCCAACAUCAGCCGGAGGAUGCAGUCCUCCCCAGAAUACCAGGAGUAUGUCUUCUUGGAAGGCACGCAGAAGGCCAAGAAGCUCUUCUUGCAGCACGUGCACAGGCUCAAGCAGGAACACAUAGAGAAACGGCGCAAGAUGUACCUUGGCACAUUGCCCCAAGCUUUGAACUGCCUGAUACCCGAGCUGGAGGAGAUCGACCGCCUCAGCUGGAGCCGGGUCCAGCACCUACUAGAGACAAAGGGAGACUUUUCCAACUGGUUUGUGGUCCUAGACGAGACCCCGUGGGACGCCACGUCGCACAUAGACAACGUGGAGGACGAGCGCAUCCCCCUGGACCUGCUGGACACUGUGGUGGCUGAGCAGGUCUAUGACGCCCACCUGCAGAGGUUGCGCAAUGAACGGAAGCGGGCAGAGAUGCGGCGGCUCUUCAAAGAGAGUUUGGAGACGUCUCCCUUCAUCACGGCUGGGAAGCCCUGGGAGGAAGCGCGCAGCUUUAUCAUGAAUGAAGAGUUCUACCAGUGGCUGGAGGAACCAGAGUAUCUUGAUAUCUACAACCGGCACCAGAAGGAAAUCAUCGAGCGGGCAAAGGAGGACUUCCAGGAGUUGCUCCUGGAAUAUUCAGAGCUUUUCUAUGAGCUGGAGGUGGAUGCCAAGCCCAGCAAAGAGAAAAUGGGGGCCAUCCAGGAGGUCCUGGGCGAGGAGCAGAGGUUCAAGGCCCUGCAGAAGCUGCAGGCAGAGCGGGAUGCCUUGGUCCUCAAGCACAUCCACUUUGUCUACCAUCCCACCAAGGAGACGUGCCCAAGCAGCUCGCAUUGUGGGGACAGCAAGAUCGAGCAGCUUCUGGCCUCUCGCUUUCAGGUGCGGCCCCACCAUCAGGACAGCGGGAACCACAAGUCACAUACACCGUCGGGAGACAGCAAGGCCGACAGGAUCAACCUGGUCAUCCUGGGCAAGGACGGGCUGGCCCGAGAACUAGCCAAUGAAAUCCGGGCUCUCUGCACCAAUGAUGACAGGUACGUGCUGGACGGUAAGAUGUAUGAACUCUCACUGCGGCCCAUUGAAGGCAACGUUCGCCUACCUGUUAACUCUUUCCAGACAGCCUCUUUCCAGCCCCAUGGCUGCCUCUGCCUCUACAACUCCAAGGAGUCCUUGUCCUACGUCCUGGAGAGUAUAGAAAAGAGUCGGGAAUCCACUCUGGGCAGGAGGGACAACCACAUGGCACAGCUCCCCAUGACACUCUUCCUGGUCACAAAGCGUGGGGUCGGCUCUAUAGGAGACAUAGGUGGAGAGACAACCCACAGCCUGAUCAUCCAGGGCCAGCAGGUAGCCAGCAAGCUGCAGUGUGUUUUUUUAGACCCUGCUUCAACAGGCUUGGGUUACGGCCGCAGUGUGAAUGAGAAGCAGAUCAACCAGGUUUUGAAGAGUUUGCUGGACUCGAAACGGAACCGCAACCUGGUGGGUGGGGGUGGCUGUGGCUCCCCAUCUCUCCAUCCAGUGCCCAGCAUUAAAGACUUGCAUCAUCAACAGCAGCAACAGUUGCAGAACCCUGAAGCAGACCUGCGCGUCGUUAUGUGUCUAAUGUGUGGGGAUUCGUACGACGUGGACCAGCUCCUGUCCCCUCUCCUGCUUCCCCAGCACUGCAGGCCUUCCCAGUCAUCUACCAGCAGUGGGAGCUCAGUCCUCCUUGAGCUGUCUGUAUGUGGCCAGCGACAGAGCAUCGACCUCUCCAUCCUCUCCUACCACUCCUCCUUCAGCGUGCGCAAGAGCCGGCUGGUGCAUGGUUACAUCGUAGUGUACUCUGCCAAGCGGAAGGCCUCGCUCGCCACGCUGUGCGCUUUUCUCUGUGAGAUCCAGGAUAUCAUCCCUGUGCAACUCCUAGCCGUUGGUGAGAGCCAGUCUGAGCUGACUGACUGUGAGGCAGCCAGGGACCAGCUAAGCCAAGGCGAAGAACUAGCCCAGGAGAUCGAAGGGAGGUUUGCCAGUGUGGUUUGUGACGGCAGUGGGGGCCUGCUUCUGCAGCAGCAGCACAGAGUAGACCUCUUCAACUCUUUCUUCAAAGAUGUGGUGGAGAAGAAGACUAUAGUGGAAGCCACUCACAUGUACGACAAUGUGGCGGAGGCCUGCAGCACCAACGAGAGUGUCCACUCCCCCAGAGGAGGCUCACCCAGCCCGGUCACCACCCUGCUGGACUCUGAGGAUGACGUAGAGCCCCCUUCGCCUUAUGCCUCUCUCCGGGAGGACAACACCUUCUCCUCCCAUGGCGGGGUCAAGCUCCCAUCCACCUGCGAACUGGAAGCCAGCGACACCACCUCUUUCAUCUCGGAGCUCAGGACCUUUGAGAGCAAGCUCAACAACAAGGUGCCACCGCCAGUCCGGCCCAAGCCAGCGGGCCAUUUCGACUUCCGCAAAGUCAACCUCAGCAGCUUCAUGGAUCCGGGCAGCCACAGGCGCUCACUCCCAUCAGCGGUCACAUGGGCUCCUGGGGACGGAGGCUAUGAUCCUUCAGAUUACGCAGAGCCCAUGGACGCAGUGGCCAAGCCUCGGCCCAGCGAGGAGGACACUAUCUACUCCAUUCCUGACGGCAUCACGCAAGGCAAGAUCAUCACAGUCCGCAACACCAACAAGGCACACUCGAAUGGUGGGGGCAACGGGUCGGACAGCGAGGUGGACAGCAGCUCGCUGGAGCGUCGGCGCAAGCUCUCCUCCAUUAGCGCCAAGCCUCGGCUGUACAGAGACCGAUCCAAGCGGCUGGGCAAGUUCAGCAGUUUCCGCACCAGCUUCUCCAUCGGCAGCGACGACGAGCUGGGUGGACCGCCCAGGAAGAAGGCAGAGGACGAGAGCGGGCCAAACAAGGGGGACAACUCGGUGAUCGAGAACGAGGGAGAGGACCCCAAGAGGAGGAACAUCCUCAAGAGCCUUCGCAGGACCACCAAAAAAACUAGGCCCAAGCCUCGACACUCUCUCACCAAACCCCCUAUGGAGAGCAACUAUUUCGGGGUGCCCCUGGUCAACGUGGUAUCGGCAGAGCGGCCCAUUCCUCUCUUCAUUGAGAAGUGCAUCAGAUACAUCGAAGCGACAGGGAUUAGCACUGAAGGAAUCUACAGAGUGAGUGGGAACAAGGCAGAGAUGGAGAGCUUGCAGAGGCAGUUUGAUCUGGAUCACAGUCUGGACUUGGUGGAGAAGGACUUCACUGUGAAUGCGGUGGCUGGAGCCAUGAAGAGCUUCUUCUCCGAGUUGCCUGAUCCACUGGUGCCUUACAGCAUGCAGGCGGAGCUUGUGGAGGCACACAAAAUCAAUGACCGGGAGCAGAAGCUGCACACACUCAAGGACGUUCUGAGGAAGUUCCCCAAGGAGAACCUGGAGCUCUUCAAAUAUGUCAUCAGUCACUUGAACAAGGUGAGCCAUCACAGCCGUCAGAACCUGAUGACUAGUGAAAACCUGUCCAUCUGCUUCUGGCCGACACUGAUGCGGCCGGACUUCACCACCAUGGACGCACUGACCGCCACCCGCACCUACCAGACAAUCAUCGAGCUCUUCAUCCACCAGUGUGAUUUCUUCUUCUACAAUCAGCCCAUCGCUGAGACCCCCAGCGGGCUGCCAGGCUCCCCCACCACUAUGACCACCAGCUCCAACUACUCUCCUUAUUCUACCUCCCCAGCCGCCUCCCUGCACCAGCAAUCCCCACCCCACUCGCCCCCUGCCACUCCCCUCUCCCCCAUGCAGUCUCUCCUGCCAGCCCUGCACCCUCACACCCUGCCACCUGAGCAAGAGACACUGUGAGAGAGGGAGAGCGAGAGAGACUUGUACACAUGCCAUUCAAAGAGCAAGCUCCUGAGAGGCAGCGUUUGGGGUGGGUGGGACAAGUUCAAAAGAUAUAUGAACGCAUCUUGUAUCCUGUUACAUUUUUUUUUUUUUCUUUUUUUCCGGGAGAUCAUUUUUAUCGUCAUUCUUUAUCUGUUCACUUGACAACCUUCUUCCUUCAGCAGCAGUGGCAAUGGGAUGAUACUGGAAAGGAAACGGGAGAGAGAGACAACACUACCUGUCUAUAACAGGGUAAAGAACUCUGGUGCAGGGUAAUACACGGGGGUGGGGGGGGGGGGUGGAGAGGCACUGUGUCACCGUGGUGCAUCCACAUCUUGUAGUAGCUACUGCUCUUUUGAAGUGUAUGGAUGUGGAAUAGAAGAGAAAUGCCCUACACUCUGUCUGCCUUCCUUUAGAAGUGUUGUAGGCUGUCAAGUACUGAGAACAGAGGAGAUUGGGUUCAUCCACGCUGGUACUCAAGUGUUAAAAUAGUCAGGGGUGGGAGGGGGGUUGUUUUUUGCAGGAACCAAUUGAGCCGUAAGACCCUGAGAAAUCUGUUGCAGAACUGUUAGCUGGGUUUUUAAAACAACAAAUAAAUGAACACCUUUUAGCUGUUGAUUUAAAGAACUCGUACAGCAUGUGUUGAGUGGGACACCCUGUUCCUGCGAUCGCCAAUGCGCAUUCCAAAACCCAGCCGGAUUAUUCUAGUCCCCCUAUGGAUAUUCUGAGGGAAAUCUGGAUUUGAAAACACUAUGAACUUUCCUUGUCUCCUUGUAUCGGAAAACAGUUCAGAUUGUUGGAAAAUACAUUGUUGGACUUUAUAACUUGUGGGGUCAUCCACAGCAUAGAGCUGGACUUUCUGUUUUUGAUGGUUGUUUUUUUUUUGUCUAGAGUGUGGAGUUAUCCCGGUGUUGGAUUAUAGCGUGUACGGAACGCGUUAUUGGAUGUCCUGGUUCUUGGGGAAGGGCGUGUGCUGGAUAGAGUAAUUUUUCAUCACUACUUUGAGAAUGAGUGGGAUGUUUGGCAAGGGUAGGCACUUUUGAAAACGUGUUUUCCCAGCUUUCUGCAUGCAUCAAUGAUAAAGUAAGGCACAAUAAUAAUAUUAGAAAUACAUGGCUUUGUUUCACCCUGUCUCCCGUGCCACAGAUUCAUUAUAUUUGUAUAUUGUGAUCUCAAGCUGGGCAAACCAUUUGAAAAGUGAACCUCACCCUGGUGGCUUGUAAAAACGUCCCUCUACACUCUGUGCAUGUUGAAAUACCUUCCUCCUUUUGAGAAUAAUCGUGUACCAUUAACUGCUUAGUAGCUGGAUAAUGCUGCAAAAACCAUCCAAACGCUUUUCUCCCAAAUCUUUGAGACUGUCCAAUUCUGCAGUGCAGUGCUGCAUGUCGAUUUUCUGCGAGCCGACACAUUCUUUAAAGGGGAGGUCUCUAGUAGCCUGUUUGUUUAGAUAUAAGACCUUGGAGGACUAGGUUAGCAUGACUGAUGUGAACACUGAACUGGACAGAAGGACUGACAUACACUGCGGCAACCUUUCACUACCAGAACUGUUUGUUUGUUUUAUUUUAUUUUGCUUGUUUUUCACCUCCCUGAAUUUUGCUGCUAUGUACCGUGAGGACCUGAACUGCAAUGUAUCUGGUUGCAUUCUUAAGUUAGGAAAUCAUAAGUUUCAUUAGGUACAUAAUACACUUUUAAAAUAUCUUUAGGGGAUUCAGGUUGUCCGACAACCUUUGUUUUUGUUUUUUCUUACCUCUGUGUAUUUUUGGGAGCACUACGACCUGGCUUUGAUAAAACAGACAGCUUUGCUUUAUUGUAAAUUGAAUUGUGUUAUCACUACACUACACACACAAUCACAGUGAAAGCUGCAGUAAAUAAUGAACUGCCUUCAUUCAUAUUUAAUUCCACUCCCCCCCCCCAUACAAAUAACUAAUUCUGAAUUAAUUGAACUAAAAGUUAAUUACUUGCUAAGAACAGUACAUGAAUUAAUUAAAAUCCUUGGAUUAAAGCUAUCCAGCUGUAUAAAUCUAGUGAGAUUUUUUAGAAGGUUUUAAUAUCGUCUUGCCUCCCUAGGUGCAGAUGGAAUGCAUUUUGUAUUUUACAAUAUACUGCAUAGCAAGGAUGGGCUUGCAUUGACUUUACGGCUAGAACCAAUUCAAUCCUCAGACAGCCCUCUUAAACUACAUGGUCUUUUGAACCACAUUUAAGCACUAAUAAUAGAUUUUUGUGUUAUAUAAAAGGAUAUUGCCACAGAGCUACUAAAUCUAGGGAGUCAUAGGCUGUGAAUAAAAAAAUAAAUAAAUAAAUAAAUAAAUAAAUAAUAACCCACAGCAAUUUAAGCCCUUGCAGGUUUUAUAGAAGCCUCCGGUUCAGUUUGUCCAGCAUUGUCUCUCUCAGACAAGCUCUUGUUCAGCCUGCAGUUAUAAAAGUAACCCGUUUUGUUGCAAACCUGUUAAUUCAGAAGCUAAAAAAGGGAAGUGAGUUGUGACGGAUCCAUGUCCGUACUGAGAAUGCACCUGAGAGAGGAGGGGGGAGGAUCGGAUUAGCACACACAGGGCAGCACUCUCUGGGAACCUGGUUUUCAGAAGUGGAAACGGAAAGUUUUGGUUUUACUGCAUGCCUUCAGUAAAACCUGCAUCAAACUGCUAUGCAAGGGGAACACUGUGUAAGCUGUGGUCAGAUUGAAGCACUUUUCUUUAUCCAGUUGAGUGAUGAGCGGUGCACAUAUUUAUCCCACUUAAAACAGCACUGAUGGGUCUAAUUCUACCCAGGCUACCAGCAGCCACAAGGGUAAGAUGUCUUUGUAGUAGUUUAAUCUCACUGACUUGUUGCCACUUUAUAUAUUUAUAUCAAGUAUUGUACUAAAAAAAAAGGGGCAAACCCACUUAAAGUAGGAGCUUAACAUUUUAAUUUGAGUUUAAAAAAAAUAAAUAAAAAUAAGAAUAAUAUACUACAGUUUUAAGUAUAACUUUUUUUUUAAUUUACCCAAUGCAGAUUUCUUUCAAGGUGGAACUGGUUGGCCUUGCUUUCACGGUUGAAAACCUGCUUGACAAUAUUAAAAAUAUCUCCGCCUGCAUUGCUGGAGUGCUGCCGGGUGACCUGUGAGCUGCAAAGAGCUUUGCCUCCUCCUUGUGUUGGAAACUGGUAUUGCAGCCGAGGUUUACUGUAAAAGAAUGCUUUUGGGAAUCUGUUUGCCCAUGGAGUCCAGUUGUCUUGUAUGUACUGUAGAGUUUCUUAAAGUGGGUAAAGUGAUGAGCACAGAUGGUGAUGUAGAAUUGAGAGAGAAUCGGCAAGGGGAGAGAAAGUAUGUGUGUGUGUGUGCGCGUGGGAGAAGGAGGGAGGGUUGUGUAUAGAUGUGCCUGAAAUUCAGAAAUUGUGUCCAAAAUGACUUCCCGUUUUUGGUUUUUGCUUUAUUAUUUUUGUUAAUGGUGUAUUUAACCGUUAGACCCACCUGCUGGCUGAUAAUUCCAUGUGUAAUUGCACUGCUUUUUCUUAAAGGGAAAAGGCCUUAUGAAUUGUCUAGUCUUCUGUAGUUGUCUGUAUUGUGUUGAUAGGAGUCGGUCAGGCUUUUUUUUUUAUUAUUUAAUACUACUAUGAAAAGUCUCAGCGUCAGUCGUGAGAUGCUUCUGUAUUAUCACAUUCAAACUUUGAUAACCAAGAACUUAAAGAAAAAAAAGCUUGUGUAACAAUCUAAUUCCUUGCUUUGAAAAUGUGUUUUUCCUUUUUUGUUCAUUCAUUAAUUGGAGAUAUGCAGAAGCUAUAGAUUAAGAGUUCAGUUCAAACCCAUGCAAGUGCUGGACGGUCAAGAAUGAAGCAGCCAUACAAGUUUGUUCUUUUUUUUUUUUUAAUUUGUAGCGUUGCUCUUCAAUCAUCUGCAUAUCAUUUAAAUAAAAAUAAAAAUAAAGCAAGAUAGGAACCAAAAGCUUUUAAUCAUUGUGAAAGGGGGAGCAAUAAUAAGGUUGCUCUCUCCUAAAGGAAGAGAAUUGAUUUUGGUUGUUAAAGAAAGAUGGUCUUUUAAACUGAACAUUGCUGCUGUUCAGUAUGCUGUCUUGAAUGAGUGGACGUUUCAUUACAGACUGACGAUUUACUCUGCCUGACAAACUGGAGGGGUAAACAAAUUGCAGGAGUUCAAAUUCAUACGCUGUAGUUGAGACGAGUGUGGUGCUGUAAACUAGUAAUAGACAGAUUAUCUGUAUGCUACAAUACAAGGGAGAUUUUGAGAAACUCUAGUAAGUCUAGAUUUGCCGGUCCCAUUGCCUUCGCUGAAACCACUGUACUAGUGUGUGUCAACACUCUAGUCCUGCCCGCUAACAUUAAAAACCAGUAUGGGAUUUCCCAGUCUGUGUUGAAGCGCCUCAGACCCAGUCCCCCAAAUUGCUUGGAAUAACUGUCAGGUGACCUGCCCAUUCUCUUCACUGUAACUGACACACAGGAACACAGGAAACUGCUGGUCCUAAUAUCAUCCAGCAGUUUAUUUUAUUUUUUUAAACAUCUCCUGUCUUAACCGGGACCAGUCUAGCUUUUAACUCAAACUCUGUUGUCUGGCUUAGCGACAGGACCCAGCGCAGAGGGAAUCAAGUGGGGAUUAGUGUUUGUGUGAAUAUUAUCACAACACAAUCUGUAAUCCCUGCAGAUCCCUGAUGUUGAGAGUUCAAUUGCUUUCACAUGUCAGUGAAGUAUUUUGUCUUGCAUUAUUGUGUUGAGGCUCCCUGCAGGUUACUGGAAAGGGGCAGACCGUAUUUAAGAACUUAUCUAGUCUGGUUUCAACUGCGUAUGGCUUUACAGAAAGGGUAUCAUCUAUACAAUGCUAUCUUGACAGUCACACUCUGUUCCCUAUGAGCGAGUACAAUAGAAAGGUUCAAUUACUGCCGUGCAGUAGUAAUCCUGGGCUCUGACAACUGCUAUCUUGAGAUUUUUGGAGAACCUGAAACUCAAAUGUAAAAAUGAGCAAAACAUUACGUUGUCAAAAUUCAAAUGGACACUAGCAAAACAUUGGUGCAAUGUAGUGUGGCACCCGAUAAAAUCAUGUUGUAUUUAAAGUACAUUUUCUCAUUUUUUAAACGGGCAGCAACAGACGUUUGUGAAUUGGGCACGAUAUGUGAAAUAAAUUCAGUUUUACGUUUGCACUCUAUUUGUAACCACUAGGCCAGAGUGUCUGUUUUACUCAAUGUGCACAAUGGCUCUGACAUGGGCUGACUGACUGACUGACUGACAGACAGACACACUCACUCACACAGAGGGGCUGGGGAACGUGGGAUAUCAACUCAGAUCCAUUGCGUGUGCUCAUUAAAACAUCUUUUUUUGGUGGGUCUUUCAUAGACGUAAAACACUUGAAAAUUAAAGAUGUCUUUUACUCUGUUGCUGGAGAUCUUAAUGAUAAUCUAGUGAAUGCUGCACUUUUGUUAUUGUGGGUUUUCGUUUUAGCACAAUUUCUUUUUUUUUUUUAAAUCAGAGGGGACCUGUAUUGUUGUCCAGGGUCAUUGAGCCAAUUCAUUUAGGGUCUGCUAUGAAGAUGCUGUACUUUUUGUUUUGCCAGUUGUGUCCUAGUUUAUGUAAAACACAAGCAGGCAAGCCAUGUGGGUUCACAAUAAUAGGAACCCCUUUUCUUACAGGACGUGGGGUACAGGGCCAAUCGUUUGAAGUCUGGUAUUGUAAACGAGUCUGAAUAAUGCCAAAUGUAGCCAUUUUUCAUGAAAUGCUGGGAGCAACCGUUUGUACACCCCACUUAAAAAAAUAAAAAAUAAUAAUAAAAAAAUACAUAUCAGCUGUUAAUCCCCAGUGUGUUGGGCUAGGUCUGGCACUCAAAUUUGAAGGAACGCAUUUACAAAAUGCCUGGGAAUUGUCUAGUUAAAAAUUCCAAAACUGAGGGAGAUGGCAAUUAAGUAAGCCAAAUAAACACUUCACGUUUUGGGGCCAACAAUUAAUUCAAAAAGCCAGAAAAUAGCCACCCAGUCUGCUAAGUUUGGUAAAGUUAUGGGGCGUGCACUUGGGUGUAUAACGUUAUCUGAGGAUGCCGUAUGCUGUCAGCCUCUGUGUUGAAUGAAUUGUAUCUUUGGGAACAGUUUGAGGUCUUGGCUGUGUAUUGCCUGUAUCAUUCUAGAGCUUGACCCAAACAUUCCAAGCCUUCCCCUUCCCUGUCCAUGUGAACCAAGUCUACCUGUUCUAUAUAUGUCAAUUAUAAUCUUUUGAAAAUCGCAAGUCUGCUAAACUCUUAUACAACCGAGAGACACUACUUGUAAUUAAACAAAUGUAUUUAAAAGUUAAACACUAGUUAUCUCCACUUUUUGUAUUUUUUUUUUUUUAUUAGCUGCCUUUAAAAAAACAAAAGGUUUGAAAUUGAAUUUGAAAUGAUGUGGGGGUGGGGUGGGGGGGGGGGAGAUAAUUUGCUGCAUCCAAGCUUUCGUUGGUACUUUGUAAUAUUUUUUUCCUCCUCCUGUAAAAUGUUCUCUCGCUGUCUCUCUCUCUCUCUCUCUCUCUCUCUCUCUCUCUCUCUCUCUCUCUCUCUCUCCUCUCUCUCUGUGUGUG